UGGGAUCGCGUGGCUGGGGAGUUCCGCGGGGCCCUAACCACUGAUCACCCCGAGAGGGCUGGGUGGGGAGAAGUGUGGGCCCAGCAUCCCGGAGGGCCCCGAGAUCCCCGGGCCGGCAGCUGGUAGGGACUGCCGGACACGUUCUGGGUCCUGUAAGGUGGGGGGAAAUGGAUUUGCCUAAUCCUAGCCCACAUUAAUAGUAUGGCUGCAGGGAAAGCCCGGCCUGGAGUGGCGCUGGAUUGGAGCCUCCGGCGCUGGGUCCAGCCCCUCGCGGAGCACCUGGCGGGGCUGCGUGAGGGGCGGAGUUUCCCCCAGCCCCAUUCCCGAAGCUGCUUCCUUGGCGGCAGCUGGGCAGGUCUUCGAGGCCCAUUUUAGGACCGCCGUUCUUAAAACCUGUAAGACGUCUGGAGAUUCGGGGUCCCCAGGUGGCAUGGAAAGGGAGGCAGCCCUGCUGCACCAUCCACCAGCCACAUGGCCUGUGUCUGUGCCUCAGUUUCCUGCUCUGGGAAAUGCCCAGAGAUGCCCGUACUGGCCCUGCCUGGCUUUGAGUGCUUUCUGCCAGGCUCUGGCCAGCCUCUUCUGGGGGAGUCACACCUCCGGGCCCCCCUUCUCCAGUCAAUUGAACUCUUUUGGGGGACAAUCUCUGAGGCUCCCUCCAUGCCUAGAGCAGUGAUGGGGCCCUGGCAGUGGAGGGAGAGGCUGUGGGUUCAAAUGUGGCUCCUCAACCUGUGCCCUUGGACAGGUUACCACUGAUGUGGGCAGGGAGGGAGGGAAGAGCCUGCAGGUUCCCUCCCAGUGCUGCCUUUUCUCACCUGAAGUCAUCCUUGCUUUGGGGCUCCUAGCUGGGGUUUGGGCUGUCAGAGACCGUAGAAGCCCCUCGUUUUACAAAGGCUCCUGGGCAGGGGCUGCUCCAGGUCACAUCUGGGUGGCAAAGCGGGUAUUGCAGUGCCAAGGCUGCCCCCAAGCAGGCCUCCUCCUGCCAUUGCCAGCAGGAAAGCUGAGCUCUUCGUCGUCUUCUUUGAGAGAUGAGGGCUGGGACGGAAGGAGUGCCAGGCUUGAAGCCGGGUCCAGGCCUGGCACUCCGGCCCCAAAGAUGACAUAGAAAAGCCUCCGGAGGGUCUACAACACCCGGCCCUCCCUGCUUCCUGAAUGGGGGACCCCGCAGGUUCUUCUCUGCCCCUUCAUUGGUCAGAGCCCAAAAGGCAAAGCAGUCUGCUCUCAGGAGAGCCCGGAGGGGAGAGGCUGGCACAGCUUUGUUCCUGCCCGCUCAGGGCAGGCUCCCAGGCUGCCCACCCUCUAUUCCGGCCACUUCCCUGCCAUUCCUGGAAAGUGCUUCCCACCAAGGAGAUUCACACUGUGGAUUGGUUCCAAAGUAGCCCGGUCUAAGGGCUUGGCAAUGGGGGUGAAGUGACUUGCCCAGGGUCACACAGCUGGGAAGUCUAAGGUCAGAUUUGAACCCAGGUCCUCCGCAGGAAAGUCUUAAUAUGUGUUCAUUCAUUCUUUCGCUACUGUUAGGUGGGGCAGUGGAUAGUCCGUGUGACCUGUGUAAGUCAGUGAGCCUGCCUCAGUUUCCUCAAGUGCAAAACAGGGACCACACUAGCCCCUGCCUCCCUGAUGCUGAAGCCCUUAAACAGGUGCUGCCUUCCGUCUCGGGGAUUAUUGGUGCUUCGCAUCCUUGCUCUCCGUGGGGAGGGGGCCCUCCUCCUCCUCCGCCUCCGCCUCCUCCGCGGCUCCCGCCUGGCUCCCUUCCCGCAGCUGCGGCGGGAAUCCAGUCCGGCGCUUCCGCGGCCGCCGCGCUCCCCUCCGAGCCCAGCUCUCUCAGCGCCGCCGCCGCGGCCGCUCGCUUUUCUGCUCGGCUCCGCUCUCUCCUUCGCUCUCCCUCGUUCGCGGCGGCUGCGGCUCUGCUCCGCCCCUCGCUCGGCCCGAGCCGGGGGACUGGUCGCCCUGCGUGCUCGCGGGAGGAUGCUGGGCGGGGGCAGCCCGCGCGCGGCCCCCGGCCCCCCCUAGCCGCCUGGGCCCGAGUCCCGGGGGCGGCGCCUUGGGCCCGAAUCGGGCCGGGCCACAGCGAGCUGGAGGCGGCCGAGACAAUGAGGCGGCCGCCCUCGGGACCCGCAGCGCCCGCCGCCGCCGCAGCAGCAGCAGCAGCAACAGCAGCUACAGCAGCUGCUGCCCCGGCCGCAGCCUGAGCGCAGCCCCCGCCCCCGGCGCCCGCCCCAGAGGAGUAGAAGGAGGAGGAGGAGGCGGCGGCAUCAGCAGCGACAGCGGCGGCGGCGGCCCCGGCUCGCCGAGCUUCGCUCCCGCCCCGGCCGACUGCCCGCCAGUCCGUGGGUCCCUCAGUCCAUCAGUCCCCCGGCCCCGCUCGCGCUCGUGCUCCUGGCCAUGGCCUCCCCGGGCCCGGGGGCGCCGCACUAGCCCCAUCGCCCGCCCCAACCCCAGGGCCGCGAAAAGGAGGAGGAGCCCGAGGACGCGACUCGGGCCGGGAUGCUGGGCCGGGAGGGGGCGGCCUGAGCCCCCUCCGGGAGCUUUGGGAGCCGGAAUGUACCUGCUGGACGGCGGCGGCGGCAGCAGCAGCAGCCCCGAGCCCGGGCCCGCGCCCGCCGCCAUGCAGCGGGGGACGCCGCAGAGGAAGACGGUCUACCGCAUCUCCGUGACCAUGGUGAAGAAGGAGCCGCUGCCCGGCCCGGGCCCCCCCUCGGACCUAGGAGACCCCCGGCCGACGCGGAGGAGGCGGCGCCCUCCUCCGAUCGCGAGCAGCCUGCUCCCGGAGGAGGACGAGGACGAAGAGGACGAAGACGAAGAGGAGGAGGACUUGGUGGAGGUCGAGGACCAGGAUCAGGACGGGGACGAGGAUGCAGAGGGAGCCGAGCGGCCCCCCAGUCCCCGCAGCUUUCGGACUCGCAGCACCGGGCAGCUGGAGCUGGGCCGCCUCAAGGGACCCGCUGGGCCCGAGCCCUGUCCGCACGCCUCCCUGGCGGAGAGAGCGUUCCACACCGGGACGGCCGAGCCCUCGGGCAGCGGACCCCCGGGGGCCGACCAGGAGCCGCAGCAGCAGCUGGAGCCCGCUGGCCGGCCCCUCCGCAGGAGUCUCAGCCUCCGCCAGCGGCCGGGCGGGGAGCUGCUGCGCCUUCGGGCCCUGGCCCGGGUCGGCCACCACCGCAGCGCGGGCUGCCUGCUGCAGCGGCCGCCGGAUGGGGAGCCCCCGUGGGCCGCCCUGGACGCCGCCCCCGGCCGGGACCCUGUCGAACCGCAGCCACCACCGCCAUCGGAGAAGCGCAACACCCUGGACGUGGGUGAGGUGCUGUUGGGCGCCGGCGGUCCGCGGGGGCUGUCCGAGCUGGAGCGCUGGGAGCGCAGCAAAGGCAAGAACCGCACCCUGGAUAACAGCGACCUGCAGCGGCGCCCGCGGGCCCAAGCCCGUGCCCAGGCCCCCUCCGGGGCGGCCCUGGGGCCACCCGAGCACCGGCUGCUGCGCUUUUUCAGCGGCAUCUUUGCCCGGAGGGAGACCGCCGCCUCCAGCCCCUCGGGCAGCCCCAACGGCAGGGUCCCCCGUUCCAGGGGCUAUUUCAGCAGCCUCAAGAGAGCCGCCGGCAGCGAGAGCAGCGGAGGAUCCCUGCACAAAGAUGCUUUUGUGAAUAGUCAAGAGUGGACGUUAAGUCGGUCUGUGCCGGAGCUGAAAGUGGGCAUUGUGGGUAAUUUGGCGAGUGGCAAGUCCGCGCUGGUCCACCGGUACCUGACGGGCACGUACGUGCAGGAAGAGUCGCCCGAAGGUGGGAGAUUCAAGAAGGAAAUAGUUGUCGAUGGACAAAGCUACCUGCUGCUGAUUAGAGAUGAAGGGGGCCCACCUGAGGCACAGUUUGCUAUGUGGGUGGACGCUGUUAUAUUUGUCUUCAGCUUGGAGGACGAGAUCAGCUUCCAGACGGUUUACCAUUACUACAGCCGGAUGGCCAACUAUCGGAACACGAGCGAGAUCCCCAUGGUACUGGUGGGAACGCAGGACGCCAUCAGCUCCAGCAACCCCCGAGUCAUCGACGACGCGCGCGCCCGGAAGCUCUCCAACGACCUGAAGCGCUGUACGUACUACGAGACCUGCGCCACGUACGGCCUCAACGUCGAGCGCGUCUUCCAGGACGUUGCACAGAAGAUUGUGGCCACCAGGAAGAAGCAACAACUUUCCAUAGGACCCUGCAAGUCCUUGCCGAACUCCCCCAGCCACUCCUCUGUGUGCUCAGCCCAGGUCUCUGCCGUGCACAUCAGUCAGACCAGUAAUGGAGGAGGGAGCUUGAGUGACUAUUCGUCCUCCGUCCCGUCCACUCCAAGCACCAGCCAGAAAGAGCUGCGCAUUGAUGUCCCUCCUACUGCCAACACUCCGACUCCUGUCCGCAAGCAGUCCAAACGGCGCUCCAACCUGUUCACAUCUCGCAAAGGCAGCGACCCAGACAAAGAGAAGAAAAGCCUGGAGAGUCGCGCGGACAGCAUCGGGAGCGGCCGAGCCAUCCCCAUUAAGCAGGGCAUGCUGUUGAAGCGCAGCGGCAAGUCUCUGAACAAAGAGUGGAAGAAGAAGUACGUCACCCUGUGCGACAACGGCGUCCUGACCUACCACCCGAGUCUGCACGAUUACAUGCAGAACGUCCACGGCAAAGAGAUCGAUCUCCUGAGAACCACCGUGAAAGUCCCGGGAAAGCGGCCGCCCCGGGCCACGUCGGCCUGCGCCCCCAUCUCCAGCCCCAAGACCAACGGCCUGGCCAAGGACAUGAGCAGCUUGCACAUCUCGCCCAACUCAGGGAGUGUCACCGCUAGCUCGUCUGUGUCUCAGAUGGCCAGUGGCGUCAGCUUAGUGUCCUUCAACGCGCGCCCCGACGGCAUGCACCAACGCUCGUACUCCGUGUCCAGCGCCGACCAGUGGAGCGAAGGGACGGUGAUUGCCAACUCGGGCAUCAGCAGCGAUACAGGCUUGGGAGAAUCGGUCUGUUCCAGCCCCAGUAUAUCCAGCACCACAAGCCCCAAACUCGACCCCCCUCCCUCCCCUCAUGCCAACAGGAAAAAGCACAGACGGAAGAAAAGCACCAGCAAUUUCAAAGCCGACGGGCUCUCGGGCACGGCUGAAGAACAAGAGGAGAACUUCGAGUUCAUCAUUGUGUCCCUGACCGGCCAGACGUGGCACUUCGAAGCCGCCGCCUACGAGGAGCGCGACGCCUGGGUGCAGGCCAUCGAGAGUCAGAUCCUGGCCAGCCUGCAGUCCUGCGAGAGCAGCAAGAACAAGUCCCGCCUGACGAGCCAGAACGAGGCGAUGGCCCUGCAGUCCAUAAGGAACGUCCGAGGGAAUUCGCAGUGUGUCGACUGUGAGGCUCAAAACCCCAACUGGGCCAGCUUGAAUCUGGGGGCCCUCAUGUGCAUCGAGUGCUCGGGGAUACACCGCAAUCUCGGCACGCACCUGUCCCGCGUCCGCUCGCUAGACCUCGACGACUGGCCCAUCGAGCUCAUCAAGGUCAUGUCCUCCAUUGGCAACGAGCUGGCCAACAGCGUCUGGGAAGAGAGCUGCCAGGGACACCUGAAGCCUUCGCUAGACUCCACCAGGGAAGAGAAGGAACGGUGGAUCCGAGCCAAGUACGAGCAGAAGCUCUUCCUGGCCCCCCUCCCGUGCCUGGAGCUCCCCCUGGGCCAGCACCUGCUCAGGGCCACCGCCGACGAGGACUUGCGGACUGUCAUCCUGCUCCUGGCUCACGGGUCCCGGGAAGAAGUGAACGAGACGUGCGGGGAGGGCGACGGGCGCACGGCUCUCCACCUGGCCUGCCGCAAGGGCAACGUGGUUCUCGUUCAGCUGCUGAUUUGGUACGGCGUGGACGUCAUGGCUCGGGAUGCCCACGGAAACACGGCGCUGGCCUAUGCCCGGCAGGCCCCGAGCCAAGAGUGCGUCGACAUCCUCCUGCAGUACGGCUGUCCCGAUGAGCGCUUCGUCCUCAUGGCGACGCCCAACCUGUCCCGGAAAAACAACAACCGGAACAACAGCAGCGGCCGAAUGCCCACCAUCCUCUGAGUUGGGAGCCCCCGCCGUCCCUCGGUGCGCCCUCGGCGCCCUCUCCUCGAACUCGAGCCCGCGCCUGUCGCGAGGUCCCGCCCCGCCCGCCCCACGCCCUCCCGCCUUGCCGUCCUCCCCUCCCCCGACCCCCACUGAAAAUGGAAACCUGGACCGGGCCGAGGAGGCGGAGGGGCCCCCACGGGGGGGGGGGGUGGGGGGGGCACGCCGGCGCGGCCCCUUCCGCAGACCGUCCGGGCAAGGGAUGGGGAGAGGGGGGAGGGGGGAGGGAGGAAGAGGAGGCAGGAGGAAGAAGAACUGCCAGCGAAGCACAUCAGUACUUGGCGGCUCCCGCUCGGAACCCGGAUCUGGCCGCCUCCGCCGGCGAGCUUGACGACAUAAAUCAGAAGCAAGCACAGAGUUUGUCAGGUUUGAAGCCCCGAUGAUGGUGUGUGUCAAAUCAGUUGUAGCUAAUCUGUCCAGGGAGAAUACGGGCUUCAUUACACUUGUAUAGUCGAGCUCGUGCAGCAUUACCGCUGUUUAAUAGGACAUGAUUAGUCAUCACGGAGAGAAAAGCAGAUUAGCUGAGAAGGUAGUUACUGGGCACGCUUGGCUGCGCGCUGGAUGGGCCGGCCAAGCUCCUCCGAGCGAGCCCGCGCCGCCCGCGCCCGCCGAGCCCUCCUUCCUCCGCGCGCUGUCAUAAUUGAGGAUCUCUUUCAUUUUUCAGCCCACAGAGAGGCAGCGGUGGGGGCGGGGGCACCGCGAGCUCCUAGGAGGGGCGCCCAGGACGGAGAUCGCGAGCCGGAGGCCGAGGAGAAGGCUUCCCCCCCAGCCCAGAGACAGAGAGGGAGGGAGGGAGGCAGACAGACACACACACACACACAGACAGGCAGGAAGGCAGGCAGACAGGCAGACAGACAGACAGACAGACAGGCAGACAGACAGACCGACAGGCAGGAAGGCAGACAGACAGGCAGGCAGGCAGGAAGGCAGGAAGACAGGCAGGAAGGCAGGCAGACAGGCAGACAGACAGACAGGCAGGAAGGCAGACAGACAGACAGACACACACAGACAGGCAGGAAGGCAGACAGACAGACAGACAGGCAGACAGACAGACAGACAGACAGGCAGGAAGGCAGACAGACAGACAGGCAGGCAGGCUCGGGGGUUGUUCUCUUCUGUCCUUCGGCCCAGGUGGGGGUGUCCGAUUCAGGGGUCCCUCUCAUGCUGUGUUGCCUAAGUUAUACAGAUUUUUGUAUUGUGUCUUUAGAUAAGUGUAAAAUCUAUUUGAAUAAAAAAACGUUCACCAAAUGCAUCGA